GCGUCUGAAGUGGUUGACCGAGACCUAAGGACUUGGAACAGUGGUGUGUGAUGUCAAACAGUGGGCAGUCCUUGUGGCCUCCCCCGCCAGCCUGCAGCAUCACGUGCCAGUAUGAAUAUUAAGAAAGAAAAGCGUACUUCAGAACUCAGCAUCCCAGAAAGAAAAAAGGAGGAACUAAACGGAGCGAACAAAUGACUGCACUGCUUGCAAAACUUGGGGCCGUUCACUUUUUCUCCUGAGAAAUUUCAUCUUGGCCUUUGUGAGAGAGCUGAAAGAGCAGGCAAAGCAGCCACAGUGAUUUUCUUAGGGUCCUUUUUUUGUUUCUUAAUUUAAUUUUUUCCUCCUUGUGCCUGGAUUUUAAGACUGUCAGCUGCACUGAUCACAAGCACUGAACAUCAAUAUGUGUCAUGUCAUUGUAACGUGUCGGUCGAUGCUAUGGACUCUCCUGAGUAUUGUGGUGGCUUUCGCAGAGCUCAUCGCUUUCAUGAGCGCAGACUGGCUGAUUGGCAAAGCAAAGCCUCCAAGCUCCGAGGAUAUGGACAACAGAACGGGGGGGUCACAGGAGCCUUACCAUCCGACGCUGGGCAUCUACGGGCGCUGCACCAGAAUCUCCCACAUGCAGCUUUCUAGACGAGACACGCUUUGUGGUCCUUACGCCGAAAACUUCAAUGAGAUUGCCAGUGGGUUCUGGCAGGCAACCGCUAUUUUCCUAGCCGUGGGAAUUAUGAUUCUCUGUGCUGUGGCGUUUGUGUCUGUCUUUACUAUGUGUGUGCAGAGUAUUAUGAAGAAAAGCAUUUUUAAUGUCUGUGGGCUGCUACAAGGGAUUGCAGGCCUCUUCCUUAUCUUAGGCUUGAUACUUUACCCUGCAGGUUGGGGAUGCCAGAAAGCAAUAAGCUAUUGUGGACCUUACGCUUCUGCUUACAAACUAGGAGACUGCUCCUUGGGCUGGGCUUUCUACACAGCUAUUGGUGGCACUAUUCUGACGUUCAUCUGUGCAGUCUUCUCGGCGCAAGCUGAAAUAGCCACAUCCAGUGACAAAGUGCAAGAAGAAAUAGAAGAAGGAAAAAACCUUAUCUGCCUCCUUUAACUCCAGUGGGGAAGAAUACCAGCGCCUGGACAAGCAGAUCCGCUUACCUGUUUCUACCAUUUGUGUGAUUGAGCCCCAUGCAUUCCAGCCCUGAACUACUGAAAUGGUCUUUCUUCCUUGCUG